AGUUGUGUUCGGUACUGUGUGGAAUUUGUCUUAGUUUGUGGUUGCUAACACGUAUGGGACACUUUUAAGAUUGGAGCAGUGUAAAUGUCGAGUCACUGUUUAUGUGGUUCUUGUUAUUAUAAUCCGAAAAUUUGAAGGAAAAUUAUGGCAAAGUCGUUCCUGCGGCACUUUAUAACCAGAAACAAUGAUCGCUUUUCUAAUCUUUUGGUAAUAUUCGGCACUUGAUGCAUAAGUGUAUCACUCUUCUCCCUUGUUUAACCUUGCGUUCUGUAUAAGGGAUCAACUUACGUAGGCGUAUAGUCGGCGCAUAUUAUUGCUGUCGGUUAUCCGAGCUUCCCCUCGAAAAUAUUGAACAAAAUUACUGGUUAGUAUGCUGAUAAUCUUGUUUAAACUUGACGCUCACUCUCUUCGAAACUUCAGUGUCUUCCGAGUCUUUCUAGCUGGACAGUUAGGAAGCUAGCACAAUUUAGUAAUACUUAAAAUCUAGAUAAGUAAUCAUAAUCAGUGACAUCAUAUGAAGGUCAAUGCUAGCCUUUAGGAAGUUAAACCAGUUGUAUAGUUUGCAAGAUAUCUAACUGCACUUUAAGGAUCGAUCUACCACACAGCACUGACUGUCAUACUCUAUGGCUGUGACGCUGAUACGAAAGCGUCUUAGAUAUUCGACCACUGUUAAUUUAAUCCCAUUGGUCAUACUACAUGGAGCCACCAAAUGACUAAAGAAAAGCUUAGGCGUAGUGUCCUAGGCAGAACAGGUAAUUCAUCUGGCGCGUAGACCGUUCUAUGAACUGGCCGAAACGUAUUGCUUGUGCUGGCUCUUUGUCAAGUAUUACUACAGUAUUCCCCUUAUUCGCCUGAGCAGUAGCUAAAGAUUUAUCUGCACCCAGUUCCUUCAGUACUGUUAGAACCAACUUAGUGGGGUGGAGCGAAGGAUUGACAACCGAAUCCUUGUUUAUGUUUAAUUUUCCAAUCAACAAAUGCAUGCAACAAGAGUGACUGAGCGCCUGUCUCACAUAUGAAAAGUUCUACCACUCAUCACAAAGAAGUCAAGAGAUUUGUAACCCUGGUAACGGUUUUCCAAGGUUCUGUAUUUAUCCUGAUAUGGCUAUGGACAGCAUCUUCAUAUUUCUGAAUUUAUCUGGCUUUGAAUGAUGGAAGAAGAUGUACAACGCAAGGUUAUCAAACAGCGUUUAAAGCAGUUUUACGGAGGUGAUAUCAGUACCUCUUCGGUUAAUCACAGUGAUCCCCUAAAUAUUGACAGUCCUUCCUUCAAUAUACAUAUGUACUUAGACAAAAGUUUCAAAACAAAAGAUCUUUCUGAUCUGAUAUCUGAAGAAAAGGCUCUAACAGAACAAAUUCGCAGUCUGGAUUCUGAUAUGCAGACAUUAGUGUAUGAUAAUUACAGUAAAUUCAUCAGUGCAACAGAUACCAUUCGGAUGAUGAAAUCUAAUUUCAGUUAUGUCCGUACUGAGAUGAAUUCAUUGUUACAGAAUAUCGACUCUAUUGUUUCUCUUUCUGGAGUGAUUAAUGAAAGCUUAACUGAUAAACGGAAGAAAUUAAGUACACUGACAGCAACUCAGUUGACAUUGAACAAGCUUAACUAUUUAGUUGAGUUACCAGUCAGCUUAAGGAAGUAUAUGAACAAAUGUGACUGGCAGCAAACUGUGCGUGAUCUCAACAAGGCAAAAUACAUUUUGAAAAGCUACCAUAACACUCCAUCUUUUAAAAGUAUUCGGGAGGACUGUGCUGAAAUAGUAACAGAAAUAUGCGCAAGACUAUGGCGGCAGUUCGAUGAGUCUAGUAAUGCAGUUGAAUGUUCCAGUAAUUUGAAAGUUCUGCAGCAAAUUGGUUUUUCCAGAAGAAAGUUAUCAAAAGCUGUGAUACGUUUGGCUAAGCGUCAGAUUUACCAACGUUUAGCUUAUAUGAAAACUUUGGUACGUGAAGGUGACAAAUCGAAUGUUCGUAAUGAAGAUGUUGUUCUUUCUGUGAAAAACAGUGCCGAAUUUUCUUUUCAGGAUGUGACUUCCGACGAAAUGGAUAUACUAUAUUUUGCCAACCUGGUAACUGAUUCUGUUUUGAUUGAGCUUUCCGCAUUCAUUGGAAUACUGGCUGAUGUCUAUUUCACAAAGUCAGAUGAAAGUGAGCCUAUGGAUACCAUCUUAGAUAUAAUCUCGAGUAAAAUGGAAAACAACUCGGAAAUCGAUGUUGAUUGCCUUGAGGAACAAUUGGCAAAUGUUGUCAGAGAAUUGAUGCAUGAAUUUUUUAUUUUGGUUCGAAGUCGCUUCGAACUGGAGAGCACAAACACAGAUAUAAACCUGAUGGUAAGAGCUUUGGAUCGUAUCCACAGUCGAGUACAAGCAUUUAAUCGAUCAUUGUUAACAUCAGUUACUUCUGUAGAUGUAGAUGCUGGAGAAAUGGAGGAGACAAACUCUGAAUCGUCUCUAUCCAUAAUAAGCCGUUUCUCUUCACUUACUAAUCAAUUUUCAAGUUCUGCACUGGAGAUAAUUAAUCACGUUGCUCGAGCACAAACUACUUAUUACUUUGAUGUAUUAUGUCAAAAUGCUGUGGAAUCAUUCACAGAUCUUCGACAUAAACUCGCUAGUCAUGGGCUACAAACGUUGACAUCUAAUAUGAUGAGUGAAGAAGUUAAUAAAACGAAUAAAAUGGAGAAUGACAGUCAUCAACUUGCUUCACUUUUUGACACUCUUGGCGCAUCUCUUGUUUCACAGUUGCGUAAUGUACUGAAAGCUGAGAAGACAUUUUUGAAUACUGAGAGCACAUUCUCCAAUAAACCACAGUUUCGUAAUUCUUUUUGCAUCGAUCAAAUUAGGGAGGGACUUAUAGUUGGAUAUCUAAAUUUUCUUGUUCACUUUCUUAGUGAUCUUGCAAAGACGGCAGUGUGUAAAAUUCCUGGUCCAAUUUUACUGAUUCUUGCAAAAAUGUGUUUAACAUGGGCUAACUCUGGAACAGUUGGAUAUUUGAUUUCUCUAGCUGACGACUUCAUGUUAUGCGGUACACAAGCAAAAGAAAUUAAAAGUGAAGAUUUCCUCUCUGAUAAUGGAGGUAAAUCACUUACCACUUCAAAAGAUGUGUCAGAGCGUUUUAGAAACACUGGUAAUGAGCUUCUCAUGGCUUUUGUUCGUUUAGAAGGCACAAACUUGGCACAGUUACUACGAAAGAGCGUAGAGGCAAGAGAUUGGCUGAAGAAUUUGGAGCCACGUUCAGUUCGUUCAGCUGUGAAGAGAGUGAUAGAAGAUUUAGUUUUAUUAGAUCAUCAAGUCAGUCAACUGUUCUCUUCUGGUACUCGUAACCGUGACCGAGUUUCUGAUUCACGCUCAAGUCGUAGUCUGCGACCCAGCACUUCUUCUCAUUACAUAGAUGCUACACGUUCUGGUGGUUCAGGGCAAGGGAUUCCCGGUACUGAUUUAGAUCCAACUCUAGCUACUCAUCUCCGCCGUCUGUUUACUCAAAGAGUAGAUAUUUUCGCCGCAGUUGAUGCUAACCGGGAAUCCUUGCUUCUAGGUGUAAUUAAAAUAGGUUUAAAGACUUUAAUAGAAUGUGUACGCUUGCAAACAUUUGGUCGUUACGGUUUACAACAGAUACAAGUUGAUUGUCGAUAUUUGCAAAUUCACUUAUGGCACUUUGUAAAUGAUGAAAAGCUUAUUUGUAUGUUACUAGAAGAUGUAAUUUACAGUGUUGUUCAGCGUUGCGUUGAUCCAUCUUUUAUGGAAGAAAGUGUUGUCGAGGCAAUUUGUGAUCGGGCAUAGGAUGAUUCUCUUGUUUCGUGUUUUUUCCAUUGUUUUUUUGACUGUUUCUUCUUCUAAAAGAAUGUUAUUUAACCUCCAUCUGUGAUAUCGCUCCAGUCGUUCAAUACCGUUGUUUUUUUCUAACAUAAAGUUGUGAAGUAACCAACUGUCAUUUAUAGUACUGCGUUUUUGUGCGUUUGUGUUCGUAAUUAUUCUACAAUAUUUUCAGCAAUUUCUGAUGUUCUGUGAAUUCCCCUCACUUGUCUAUUUUAGUAACUUUGUGUUUUAAUUAUUCUUCUUCUUAUUAUUAUUACUGCUAUUCAUUUCAAAGCAUCAAAACAUUUUAAACUUCAUUUUUAUUUUUAUUCACCUGACCAUGGACAUCUCUCUUGUAUCGUGUACCCAACUCUGUCUACUGAAGUAUUAAACUAACAGUGCCCAUGAUGCUCC